CGGUGAUGGAAGGAAAAAGGGGUAACAUAAAGUGGCCCUUUUCAGUAGGGUUUAUUUAAACGCAACUUGAACGAAAGAAGUUGCCUCUUUCAGUCGGCGAAUUGAAGAAGGCAAGAAGCCAUUGAAGGACUAAAUCCACCAUUGGUGUUGAAUUCGCAAGUCGUAGUAUUCACGUUGAUGAUAAAGUCGUCAAAGCUCAAAUUUGGGAUACUGCUGGCCAAGAAAGACCUUCCUUCUUUUUCUCCCUCCUCUUUCUUUUUUUUCUUUCUUGAAAUCGGACUUGUUUGAUGAAAGUGCAGCGUAAAUUUAGGUGCAUUGUGUGUGCUAAGUUGUACUUGGACACCAUAAGAGGACUAGAAGGAAGUGCCAUUGGGCAACAUUGGCAAGAUGCUAUUGGUAGGGUCUUAGAUGAAGGGAUGAUUUUUGAGCGUGUAGGUUCAAGCCAACUUGCUGGCUUGCUUGUAGCUAUCUGGGUACGAAAGAAUUUGAGAAUGCAUGCUGGAGACCUUGAUGUUGCAGCAGUUGCUUGUGGAUUUGGCAGAACAAUUAGUAACAAGAUAACAAGUGGUAUUCGUCUUCAGUGGGUUAUUACAGAUUACACAUCGUACUACAGGCCGCUCCGACUCCCGAAAUCUCGAAGCAGGUGACUUCUUUGGGGAUGAUCUGCUAACAUGGGCUUCACAACCAAAUUCGUCAACCUAAAAUCUUCCACCCUCAAAUUUUUCAGUCAAGUGUAUUAGCAAUGUUGAAGCCUUUUGUCUCCCUGCUCAAGAUGUUAGACACUUGGUUAUUUUUAAUUAUAGUCAGAAAUUCCAGCUUGCUCCUAGAGAGCAUCAUGCUUGAGUUUACCAAUAGACUUUAAGCUCAUUAUAUUUUUGUAGAACCCGACUUCUACUUUAUUUCCCGACAUCGGGAUCUAUUUUGUGUACAUAAGUUUAAUCUAUUUCAUGUAAUUAUAUAAGUAUCUACGCAAAUUAUAAUAUACAUCAAAAUUGCAUA